AUGAUGCUGUUGCAGGAUUUGAAUGAUACAAGGAUCUGUAAUCCGUUACUAGUGGCUGAAAGUGAUGAAGAUGCCUGGAAACAGGAUAAUUUCUUGACAUUACCAGGUGGAAUGCCAAGAAGCAAGUCAGAUCUAGAAGAUUUAGUUGAUUCCUACCAAGCUAACAAGGGCUAUCUAAUGGACACUAUGAAAUUCAGUCCUGGUCAUUUCGCUUGUGAGUGCAAAUGGCAGACUCACAUAGCAGUACAUCCAAGACUUAAAAGUGGAACUACUCGAAUGGGACCAUCACGAGGUAUCCAGGCUGUUAGAACCAUUCUCCACCAAUUAAAUUUGGCAGUCAGUAAUAGAAAAAACAUGUUUGUGUACAAAGAGACGAAAGGAAAUAAUGUCUUCUAUCUACGAUUAUACGAGUCAGAUAACACCAGUGUAUAUCCUGCACAUGUUCCUCUCUCACCCAAGUCUGAUAGUGUAUCCAAAGCAUCAUCCCUAAUGUCAUUGGUUCCUGAUGAUCAACUUUCUGUAAAUGGUAGUAGACGCCCAUCUGUGAGAGAUUCUGGAUUGGACACUAUUUCUGUGACUUCUAGGACAAGUUCGUUAUCAAAAGAAGUUUGUGAAAGUAUUAAAAUAGAUGUCCAUGGUAUCACAGAGGCCAGUUCUGAGAUCAGUAAGGAUUUGGUAGAAGUUUUAAAGAAUCGACUUGAUGAGUCUACACUUGAUGUGAUAGCUAUGAUGAUGGAAAGGAAUCCAUUGUGUAAACUUGCAUCAGCCGAUGUACAGUUUAUUCAGCCCCGUGGUGAAGCCCCUACAACCUGUAUCUAUUUUAUUGUACCUCAGUAUUGGUCAUCUCAAAUGUAUGCUAUUGGGUACUACUUACGUCAGAAUUUACAACAAUUCCUUCAUCACCCAAAGUACUUGGAUGGUAAUCCAGAAAAUCACUUUCAGGCCUUUUCCAUGAAGGAGAAAAGACACACUGAUCAAGAAAUACCGGAAAAACAUGUGUUCAUAUAUCACAGACCACAUUCUGAUGGUGGAAAAGGUCUAGCUUGUAUUGGCCUGUCAAUGAUAGACGGUGUUGAAAACACAGUCAAUAUUAUAAGUAGCCCUAGGCCAAUGGUUGAAACACAAUCAGACCCCAUAACUUCGUCACAAUUUGAACUGUACACUAGUGUUGAUCAGUAUUUUCCAGAACCUUCACAAGACAGGAAAGCACCGGGUCCUACAGCCUUGAUUCAACUAUGCAUAUGGGAACGAGGCAAUGUGGAUAUACCACAGUUGACAAACAAACUACAGUUAGCAAUGAGGUAUUCUCUUUGUGAUGUCAUCAUGGAAUACAAAGUACUAACAACAACGCUUGGAUAUACAGAGAGUUAUUCAUUGGGUCCAUCCCGGGCUAUGUCACCAACAAUUUCACCCAUAUGUACUGAAAUAAGUAAAGGAAUUGGUUCAUCUCCUGAUUCAUUGAAGCAGACAUUAGAUCCUGGUAGCAUAAAAUCAGGAGAUACAAGUCUUAGUACAUCACCUGUCAACAUAACGUACAAGCGACAUGGUAUAUCCAUGGCUGAUGUAUUUUCACCAGUUGGCACAAGUGAGAAACCAUAUUUUUUUAGACAGCAGCGGUCCAAGUCUGCGACACCUUUAUCUGAACAAUUUUCACCACCUUUUCUUAGAAAAUGGAUUCAGCCGCUUAAGCGAUCUUCUUCAAUUGCUGCUCCAGAGGGCAGUAUGCAGAAGUUACUGGAUGCACAGAUGUCUUGUAAAUCAUCACGUCGACCACUGUAUGAUCCCGCUGCUUUCCAGGAUUCUCCAAAAGUCUCUCCAGCACACUCUAGAUCAAUGAGUCCAAUGACAAUAUCUAAAAGCCCUAAGGGAAAAGUAGAAGACAUUUCUAAUGUGCAGGAAAUAGAAGGACAACACCAAAGACGACUUUUGGAACGAAUUAAAUACCAUCAAGAAUUGGCUGAAGGUUUACGAGGUGUAUUACAUCCAAUAUAUAGAGAUACAUGUGUAGAAUUAUUAGAUUGGGCGUAUAAGUUGGGUGUUCCCUCAUUGCAUAAAAUGAAAGCUUCUUUGACAUCCAGGUUCUCUGUUGAUAUAGCAAUCAAUGAAUUCCUCUCACUGAUUAGAUCAGUGUCUUCAGAUGUGACACUUAAAGUGUUCCAAGAAAUGGGUGAUGGAUUUUUUUAUCCAAUUGACUUAUCUAAACUAGUAUUUCCAUACAGUGAAGAUAAAUCGGAAUCGUCAUUCUCAUCUCCAUUGGCAACAUCAUCAACAUCUCUUCCAUCACAACCUGGUUCUACUAAGAAGUACAUUGUGAUUGGUCGAAAUAUGCAUCAAUGGAGAUGUACUGUAGAUACAGGACUUCCUGGUGAUGAGAUUCCUAAUUAUCCAUCCCUGAUAAAUCAAGAUACUCAUAAAAGUUUCCAACGAUUUGAUCCAUUGGAUCCUGGUCUGUCAACAUGUGGAGGGGAGGAUGAGAGAAAAUUAGUGGUACCAAGACAACGGCUAUUACAUAUGCAAGUCAAUGAUAAAACGAUAACAUUAUACACCUACAACUGGUCAUCAGAAUUGAAUGGUACUCUUGAUAAACUUGGUAAUCGCUUGUUUCAAUGGCAUAAUGCAAGAUCUCAUCUCUUACAAUGUAUUGUGAAUCAAAAACUUGGCUUAUUUCAACAUAGAAACUUUGGGGAUCUUGAAGACAACAAGGGGAAGGAAAUGAAUCCCUACUGUCGAUCAUCAGAUGAUAUUGAUAAGCUGGUUAAGCGUACAGCUCCACCAAUGAGAGAGCAUAGUAGACGUGGUCCAAGCAGUACAAUGAGAUCAGCGCCAUCUCACCAUAUCCAGCCAGGUGUACCAGUGUUUGACGAGAUAUUACGAGAUCAAGUUCCUGUCAUAACAAUGCAAAGAUGUAGUUAUGGUGGCAUUAAAGAUCCAGUCAUGAGACAUGGUUCACAGUUUAUGCAAAUAUAUGCCAGAGAGAAAGAGGAAGCGGAGCGGCGAUUGAAAUUGGAGAAUUUGUAUCUAAUGUGGCAACAAAGAGGAGCUCACUCUAACAUGGCUAUAUCAGAUGAUUCCCUGGAGAUAUUAAAACAGUCUUCCCGAUUGGUCCAUUACUGUGCAACACCUCUUCUGUUCAGUCCACUAUGGCGGCAACAAGUACUGAUCAAUGGUUCCUCUACACCAGCCAGAGUUUUAUCAUCUACAUCGUUGUAUAAACAAAACGUACUAGAGGAACCAUGGCACAAUGAACUUAGACUUUCAUUUGUUCAGCAUUAUAUACAGUACUUACAAAAUCUGGGAUUUGUACAGGUUAACACCCGCCCACAGUCACCGAAGAGAAGUCCUAGACUAUCACGACGUACUCAGAUGAGAGGUGGCUCAGCUGGCGGUUCCACAAGCAGUCUAGAUGUAAAAAGAUUACCUGAACAAUCUAGAUUACAUUUACUCAGCCAAUCCACAAAGACCUUAGGACCAUCCUAUUAUUUACAGAAAGCUGUACCAGGUGGAAUUAUGUUGAUGGAGUUAACUUUCCAGGAUUGUCACUUUCUGGUUAAACUACAUGCCUUAGAAGCAUCCAGACUACCAGCAGGUAGAGCUGUCAAUCCACAGUUAUCGGUCUUAUUUACUCAAGAGUGUGAUAAGUUUAAAGAUCUUGUUCACGUGCAUUCAUUCACUUACGACUUCCACCUUCGAUAUAUCCAGAGCUAUCUCACAACUAGGCAUUGUAUAUUAAAACCAUCUUAUCACGUCACAAGCUUCCUCUCCGAUUUUGUUCGUUAUUAUUCGCCGGGACCGAAUUUCUCUAGGAAUCACGUGUGUGAAGGUGUGAUGAAUUUCCGAAGCAAACACACAGCUGCUGAUAUAUUAUUUGAAUAUAUGUUGAAAAACUGUCCCACCUAUGGCAUGAAGGCGAUGAAAAUGAACAAAAAUAUGACAGAUAUGGAGAGUAUGGAUGACACAGACUAUAUUAUGGUUGCUAUGACACCCAGAGGAGGUAUCUUUGAAGACAGUGAUGGAAUCAAGCAUCAGGAUGAAUUUGACAUUAGUAUAAUCAUAUCAUUAGACAAAGAUCAAAACACCCAGCCACCUCAAAGUGAACAACAAAUAAUCUCACAAGUUAACACUUCGUCAGCUUACCAAUCAGAGGCAGAGAAAAAAAAGAACAUGGUGUUGAAAUACUAUGUCAUCUUGACCAGUCGGAGAGAUUUGUUCCCAAAGUUGACUCUUACAAAGCAGCUUGGAAAGCUACGUAGUAUGGACAUCCCACCAAAGGAGACUACGCACGGACAUUUGUUGAUUUUGACGCAAGCCAGAACCGUGAGGGAUAAAAUUAAUAUUAUUGUUAACCAAGUGGAGAUGCAUUGCCGAAGAGAUAUGUUAUGGGAACGACUGUUAAUACAAGAUGCUGUUGAUGAGGAUCCUAAACGAAAAAAGAAAAAGGGACUGGAAAGUAAAGAAGCUGCUAAGGAUUUUUGUGCAGUUUACAAAGAAGCUAUAGAAGAAGAAGGCUGUAUACAUGUACCUGAUAGUCCCAAUAAAAUUUUACUAGCGUGCCAUGAGCAUGUGGAAUACGUAGUCAAUACAGCCUGUUAUCACAUGUGGGCUAGUAUGCUAUAA